AUGUCCCUCGCCCACUACGCCCACCACCACAACCGCGCCGGCCCCAUGGCCACCGCCGCCUACCCCGCCUACCACGGCGGAGACGCGAUCUACGGCAUGCACCAGUACUACCCUGCGGGCACGAGUGCGAGCCCCGUCGAGCACGAUUAUUCAGCGGGUGAGACUUCCUACGUGUCAGACACCUCCAGGGCGCACUGGCCGGCCCAGCCGUCCUCGUCCGCGUCGUACCCCGCCUCUGUCUCCACCUCCGACUAUCCCUCGCCCGCGUCCUCCCAGCCGAUGUCUUAUCCCUCCGCGUACACCGCGUCCCCCCACCGCACCGGCCUCCAGGAUCCUUACGCUCCAUCGUCCUCGUCCUCCCGCACCUACGCCUCGUCCUCCCUCUCGCAGGCCUCCGCCUCCUCCACACCCGCCCUCCCCAGCAUGCAUCGCAGCUCCUGGCCCGCGGGCAACGCCCCCGCCAGCGCGCUCUACGUCGUCGCCCCCGAGCCCGACGCCGACGCGCGCCCCGACGCGCCCUACGCGAAGGUCAAGACCGAGGAGGAGGAGCUCGAGUCCGGCUUCAUCUUCGAGCUCGCGUCCGACGCGCCGCCCUCGCUCCUCACGAACCCGCUGCUCGACAGCAUGCCCGAGGUGCCCCUCCGCGCCACGCAGGCGAGCAAGGAGAUGCGCGCGCUCAUGGGCGCGUUCCGCCUCGACCCCUUCGCGAUGCACAACGGCGUCAAGAGCGCCGCGAGCCAGAGCGUCCCCGCCGGCAUCGAGAUCGGGCCCCUCCGCGUGCCCCCCGUGAUGUUCGAGUGGCAGGCCGAGCUCGUCCAGCCGCUCGUCCCAGAGAGCCCGCGCUGGUCCCCCGAGGCGCAGCCGAUGCACGCGUUUGACGACGACGAGAAGUGGGCGCACCCGGGCGCGAUGGAGGCGUACGGGGAGGCGUACGACGGCGCGGACGACAUGGACGCGGGCGCCGCGUUCCAGCCGGUGAUGACCCCCGCGCAGGCGGUCAACUGGGGCGCUGGCUUCGCGGACCAGCAGGGGAUGGUCUCGGCGGCGUCGUCCUCGCCGUCGGGAUACCCGGUGCAGCCGCUCUCAGGAAUGUUCAACCGGUCUGGGCACUCGUCCUCGUCCCAAGCAUCAAUAUCCCGCUCCCUCCCGUCUCUCCCCCAGCCUCAACCGUCCUUGUUCUACCGCCAAACGCAGAACUACGCGCUGUCUUCGCCCACGGCCACGCUCCCGUCGCCCAGCGCUCUGCCGUCCCCAUCGCUCUCCCAUUCGCUCUAUUCGCAACGGAGCACUCCCGGCAGCGCGACCGACAUGUACUACCGCCAGCAACAGCACCAACAUACCCAGCCACUCCCGUCCGCCGCCGCCGCCUCUGCGAUGCGCAUGUCCUCGUCCUCUAUCUCAGCGCCAGUCCCAAGCCUCUCGCGCCGGCCCCAGCUCGACUACGCUCAGACGCACAGCAGCGCCGUCGCACAGCCGCAGCCGCACUACGCGAGCCCGAGCCCGCCCGCGUUCUCGAGCAACAGCAGCAGCGAUGGGGGGGCGGGGAUGGCGGCGGGGCCGGGGCGCUACCGCGACGACACGCUGGGCUGGUACCGCCGCUCUGCGUUCGCGCUCGAGGCGUACACCGCGGCGGCGUGCACGUGA